CAAUUCGAGACAGUGCGCAAUGCUCAGUCAAUCGGUUCUUUUUCUUAUGAAUUUAGUGGUUUUUACCAGUUGUAAUAGUUUGGAAUAUGAAAAUGCUACCGAGCUUGGUCCAGAUGAAGCUGCUGAAACAGCACAAUCUUUCCUGGAAGCUGGAUUAGAAGGAAUAAGCAUCAAUCGUAUAACUCAUCGGGACCAAGACAUCGACUCGUGCCAUCUGAUCAGAACAUCGAUCUAUGAGGUUCAACUUUUGACGAGUGGGGAAACAUUUGAAAUAACCACGGUUACAAACACCACCAACCGUCAAAAUUGCUGGAACAAAGAUAAACUGGUUGCUUUGAUAGCUGCAAGGAAGCUGAAUCGUGUUCUUAAGUCGAGGAAGGAUGUUUUCCUAAAGGUUGCUAACCUGGAAAUCAUUCCUGUGGAAGAUUUUCUAACGAAUUUUUCUAAUAUGAAACAAGAGGAUUUUUACCUAUUUUCUGCAACAUAUUCUUACAAAUUCGAUGAAAGCAACGAACCGGAUCAAGAUUUCGAGCUUAUAGCGUUCAAUAUCAAGAUGAUCGAUUCGGGGGAUGAGUAUUUGAUAAACACCGAAACAGUCGUCGGAUUUGACUCGAGUGUUGACGUUAAAACCAGGAAGACUCCUUAUCCGCCAAAGGUUCUACUAUCUUUGCUCGGUGGAGGAAGCUACACCAAUAUGAGAAGAUUGAACUGA